AUGGCCUUACCCGAAGAGAUCACAGUGAUCAUCCUCUCCUGGCUUCCCGUUAAAUCCUUAAUCCGAUUCACCUGCGUUUCCAAACGCUUCCGUUCCAUCAUUCUCUCCGACCCAAAUUUCGCAAAGUCCCAAUUUCAUGCCGCGCAUGACCGCAAAAUCCUGCAUCACAGACUCCUUUGCGCCAGACUCCUCUGCUCCUUUACUCCAGGCCUUCCUCUAUUCAAAUCCCUGGAUCUGGAGACGCCGUCGUUUGGACAUCAUUCCUCUGUCAGGGAGCUCAAAUUUCCUUCCCCGUCACCUACCACCAGUAUCUCGCUACUGGGCUCCUGUAACGGUAUUGUAUUUCUCGCAUUUAGUAAGAAAGUGUUCUGUGUCUGGAACCCAUCAACUGGAUUCUUCAAGGAAUUACCUGACCCGGGUCUUUUAUAUGACGAGAAUCAUUCGUUCCGUUAUGGUGUUGGUUAUUUGUCGGCCACCGACGAAUACAAACUUUUCAUACGCUCCGCUCAGUACAGCGUUUUCUCGUCCAGAGCUCAAACUUGGAAACGACUUGAGGUCUUUCCGGAAUCAUGUCCUUUUUCUAUUCGGGGGACCCUUUUGAAUGAGGCGCUUCAUUGGAUUUCUCACGGUAACGGCGUCAUGGCUUUUGAUUUGGCUCAGGAGAAGUUCAGGAAAAUGACACUGCCUGAUUAUUAUGAUGAAUAUAAUAUAAAUCAGUGCGCUGAUCUAGGGGUUACUGCUGAAGGUUGCCUGUCUUUUGCGUUUUCAACUGGGCAUGCUAGUGACUGUAUUUGUGUUUGGGUAAUGAAAGAAUAUGGUGUGCUUGACUCAUGGACUAAGCUCUUUAGCUUUAAGUUUCUGUGUCCGCCAAAGGACCAAUGGGGUUUUGGUUCUGUGGUGGUUUUGGGAACUAGUAUUGCUGCCCACAUAUACAAUGUAAUUGAGGAUGAGGAUUACGGAACUAGUUAUGCCGACGGGACUGGGUGGAUAAAGAUUCUUCACAAAGAAGAGGACAAGCGUGGCAUGUAUUGGAUUGAGGGCUCUAAUAUUAACAUGAUUCAGUAUCAAGAGAGUUUACUUCGGUUAGAUGAUUAGUCCUCCGUUGCUCUUUGUAUCACACUACUGGGGCUUUUGAUGUACAAUUGCUAGAGCCAGCUUUAUGGGAAGGGUUCUUUGAUCUAGUGAUGAUGGAGACCCUCGUUUUUGGAAGCUAGGUAGCUAUAUUUGUGUUUAAUGACUGCAUUUGU